ACAGACAGACAUGUGAUAUAUGAUGUGAUGUGUUGUGUAUUAUAUUAUUAAUCAGUUUUUUAUUAAAAUAAAUAGUUUUACACAUAUAUUAUUGAUUUUUGUUGUUGUUGUUGUUGUAUAGAAAUAAUAAUAAUAUUAAUAAUUGAUAAUAUAAUUUGAAAUAACUAACUAAACUAAACAGUUAUACUGUAUAUGAUAUAUGAUAAGUGAAUUCAAGCGUCAAUUGAUUAAUCAAUCAAUAAGUUGAUGACAUAUAAUAUAUCGAUGUAUUAAAGGCAAUCAUUAUAAUCAAAAGUGUCCUAUCGGUGUGUGUGUGUGUGUGUGUUAUCUAUAGCAUUGUAAUAAGCAAUGGGUGACCAGCGAGUAGUUGCCGAUAUGGUCGUCGACUGCGGCGGCGGUAGCGGUGGUGGUGGACACCAACAGUUGCCAACCGUUGUGGUCACCGGUUUUGGUGUAUUUCGUAACUAUAAGCUGAACCCUUCGUGGGAAUGCGUCCAACGAUUACGGCUAAAAGGCUGUCAUCUGAUUGUCGAAGAGAUACCCGUAGUCUACGAUGAAGUGGACAAAAGAGUGGCAAACAUUUGGACCAAACAUAAGCCUUUUUUGGUCAUUCACUGCGGUGUGUCGUCGAUAGCCAAAUGUAUAACAUUGGAGACGAAAGCCGUACGCCAGCAACGAUUGUACGACAAGCCAGACAUUUAUGGUCGACUACCGGAUGAUGGCGGCGGACGACAACCUAUGAUGUGUGCCGACGGUAACAGUUGCCGGCAAAUUGGGUCCACAGUUGAAGAUGAAUGCUAUGAUUGUAUUGAAUGCGGAAUCGAUUUGCAAAAAGUUUGCAAUGAAGUCAACCAACACUUUGAAAAAGGUUUGGUCCGAUUGGGAGCCGAUCUGUCGUCAAACGCCGGCAGAUUUCUAUGCGAAUACAUAUAUUGUUCGUCACUUAAACAGUGCACCGAUAGGACGGCAUUCAUACACGUGCCUGAAAUCAGCGACAACUGUCCACUAGAGGACAUACAUUCGGCACUUGAACUGACAAUACAGACUAUAGUAAACCAUGUUAUGCAUAGUCAUAAAUAAAUAAAAUAAAUAAAUCACUUGGAAAUUGCCAAAUGAUAUGUUUGUUUUUAUUUUAUUGCAUUUUUUUAAAUAUUAUAAUUCAAUUGAA